CCUGCGCAGGUAUACCGGAGUGUGUGUGGGAAUAGACCUGUACAGUUUUUUGAGCCUGUGCAGGCGACCGGCGCAAGAUCGAAAAUCAAUUCUUUCGAGUGACACCGUACGGUGUACCUGUGCGUGUGUGCGUGUACUCCGGUCGCCUACGCAGAUCGCGUCAGUUAUUUUAUAGUGUUUCUUUCGGACGGUUGUCUCGUCGCUCGCAUCGAAUACCACGUAAUACAGCGAUUGAAAAUGGCGCCACCAAAUUCAACCAAAAAAAUCCUUGAAGAUUUUAUCGAAAUUAAUAGAAGUCAUCCAUGUCUUUGGCAAAUUAAAAACAAAGAUUACCAUAAUCGAGACAAAAAAGAAGCUGCUUAUAAAUUACUCAUAGAAAAAUUGAGAGAAAUUGAGCCAGAUGCGAACAAAGAAGUAGUUGUGAAAAAGAUCAAUAAUUUAAGAAGCAAUGUUAGGAAGGAAAAGAAGAAAUAUGAUCAAUCUUUAAAGUCUGGGGCAUCUGCUGAUGAUGUGUACUGUAUAAAACUGUGGUACUACGAUUUGUUCAAUUUCAUUCAUGAUCAAUGCACUCCAAGGGAAUCUUCAUCCAACUUAGAUAGUGAUGACGAAAAUAGUUGUGAGAGAGACAACACUGAAGAUUCUUCAAAUGCCGAUGAAGAAUAUUCAUCCAACAGAGUAUCUACCGACAACAACGAGGCCCAAUCGACAUCGUCAAAUAAUAAUUCAUCUCGCCCACCAAAACCUUGUAAAACAAAAAGAAAAGAUGAAAGCAUAGCAAGUGAAGUAUUGGAAUCGGUUCGAGAUCACUUUAAGCGCCCUCGCCCAAUUGUAACAGAAGAUAGGUGCGAUGUUAUUGGCAAAAAUGUGGCGAUGAAAUUGAAGGCUUUAGAUGCGAAACAAUUAAUAGUCGCAGAAAAACUUAUUAAUGAUUUACUUUUUGAAGCCGAAAUAGGACACCUCACUCCCGAGCACGCCUAUAUUAACAUGAGAGAUAUUUUGAAACAAAAUCAACGAAGCUAUGUUCCUGCUCAGCAAUAUCGACAACAUGUAUAUCAAUCCUCUCCUACUUCCAAUAGGGCAUAUACCCCUUUAAGUUUUGUUUCUUCCGGAAGUCCUACCCCACCCUGCUCUCCAUUUCCCACCAGUCAAAAUCCAGAGCAUCUUUCUCAAUCAUUUCAAACUAGCCAUCUACUCAACAAUUCCCAAGGCAAUCACUACUCUACAGAAAUGCGAACUCAUACAAUUCUGGGAAAUCAGCCCGGGGAAACAGAGGAGUAA